GGAGGCAGAAGGUACAUGGGAAAACGGCAAGGCAAGGCGAAACGGGGAUAGCAUCUUCGGUCAUGAGCGCCGUGUUUGGCAAAGCCCGCUCCACAAAAAAAUUUUUUUUACGAAAGGCAGCUUCUGCAUCUCUUUCGCUCCUUCACUUCUUUUUCCUCUACUUGUUUUUUUUAUUACGUACUGCUCGCCGCCAUUGCAACACUCGACCUGCUCAAUUGCCAACGCACACACGCUCCAUUGAAUUCAGCUUUGCCGCAUCUCACGUUCCUUUCAGUCAUCACUCGAGCAACACUUGUCCUAUACGCUUUCUUUAUUCUCAACACUCGAAUAUUACGCAUCUCGCACUUUUUUUUUCAACACCUUUGAACGGCCCUCAAAUGACUUGCACCUCUGACAACGGCCUGGUCUCUGUCCUUCAUUUUGCUAUGAUCUUAUGAUCCCAGGACCAAGCUCUUUAUUUCUGUGUUGCUAACGUCAACUCUGUCCGGCGUCGUUUUCUUCUUUGCUUGG